UACUCAGCGCGCGAUUCUUUUUCGCUGCUGCUCGUCGCCAUGAAGGGCAAGGAGCGUUCCCCUGCCAAGGCCAAACGGUCCCGGGGCGGCGAGGACUCCUCCUCGGCACGGGGCGAGCGGAGCAGUAAGAAGCCCAGCAACGGCGGCGGGAAAUCGGCGGGCGGCGGCUCUGGUGAGGGCGGCGGCGGCGGCGGCGGCAGCAGCAGUCGGCGGAGCCUGCACCUGGAAAAGGCGAGCCGGGCCAGCAGCCGCGAGUAUGAGUCGAGCGCGGUGGGCGGCGGGAGCAGCAGCCGCCACGGCUACGGCGGGAGUAACAGCAGCAGCAAGAACGCGGAGUCCUCGUCCUCCUCGCGUGGCAGCAGCAGCCGCGGCGGCGGCGGCGGCGGCGGCGGCGAUUCCCGCGCGCCCCCCUCCGACUCCGGCGGCGGCAGCAGCAGCAGCGAGUACAAGACGCUCAAGAUCAGCGAGUUGGGCUCGGCGCUGAGCGACGAAGCCAUCGAGGACGGGCUCUUCCACGAGUUCAAGCGCUUCGGAGACGUAAGUGUAAAGAUCAGCCGCCUCCCUCCCGGCACCGGGGCUGGCGACGAGCGGGUGGCCUUCGUCAACUUCCGCCGCCCCGAGGACGCCCGGGCUGCCAAGCAUGCGCGCGGCCGUUUGGUCCUCUACGACCGGCCCUUGAAGAUCGAGGCUGUCUAUGUGGGGGGCAGCAGCAGCGGAGGGGGAAGCGGCCGGCGCCGCAGCAGUCGUUCUCCGGCCCUUUUGGACAAGGACUCUCCCUAUGGAGCUGCAGCGGUGGGUGUUGCGGGGACGGCCCCUGCAGCCAUCAGGCAUCCCCCUACUGGGGCUACCCAGAGGGCCCUCUCUCCUGCCGGGGGAGGAGCAGGCUUGGGCUACAGAGACUUCAGGCUACAGCAGCUUGCCCUGGGCCGCCUGCCGCCACCACCUCUCCCUAGGGAGUUGGAAAGAGAACGGGACUAUGGGGGCUUCUAUGACCGCGUGAGGCCUGCGUACAGUCUGGAUCGAGUUGCUGGGGUGGCAGCAGCUGCAUUUCGUGGGGUUGGUGGCACUGGGACAGCCAGUGAGGAAGAGAUCAGCCCGGAAGAUGACCAGAGAGCCAAUCGCACACUGUUCCUGGGCAAUCUGGAUAUAUCUGUGACCGAAUCAGACCUCCACCGGGCUUUUGACCGCUUUGGGGUAAUCACUGAGGUGGAUAUCAAGAGGCCAGCCCGAGGUCAGACUUGCACGUAUGGAUUUCUCAAGUUUGAGAACUUGGAUAUGGCCCACCGGGCUAAACUAGCCAUGUCUGGUAAAGUGCUACUGUGUAAUCCUAUCAAAAUUGGCUAUGGUAAGGCCACCCCUACCACACGACUCUGGGUGGGUGGCCUGGGGCUUUGGGUACCAGUGGCUGCCCUUGCCAGGGAAUUUGAUCGUUUUGGCACUAUUCGCACCAUUGAUUAUCGCAAAGGGGACUCAUGGGCCUACAUCCAGUAUGAAAGUUUGGAUGCUGCACAAGCUGCUUGUACCAACAUGCGUGGCUUUCCAUUGGGCGGGCCAGACCGCCGUCUGCGCGUGGACUUUGCUGACACUGAGCAUCGCUACCAGCAGCCCUAUUUGCAGCCAUUGCCACUCCCACCCCCUGCCCACUAUGAGCUGGUGGCAGAGACAUCUGCCUUUGGAGCACAUCGCGGAGCUCCACCAGACCCACUUCGAGGCGCUCGGGAUAGAACUCCACCACUGUUAUAUGGAGAUCGUGACAGAGAUUUGUAUCCUGAGACGGAGUGGGUGCCUCCCCCACCUCCAGUUCGGGACAGAGGUAACAGAGCAACUGUCUAUGAAGCACUUGAAAGUCUGGAACGCCGGCGAGAUGGUUGGUCCCUAGAAAGAACUCGUGGGGAAAGGGAGCUAGGCAGCAGCAGUAGAGACCCCCCGAGGAAGCGAAGACUAGUGGAGGAUGGGGGACGGCAUUUGGACCGUUCACCAGACAGUGAACGAUCAUCUUCGUCUCGUAAGCGGCACUGCCCUGCUACAGCUUCUCCUCAAGACCGUAGUCCUGAGCCAGGUUUGGUGAGAGACCGCUAUAGUAGUGAUACAGAACGGCCAUCUUCCCGUUUGCUCCUGUUGGAACGUCCUUCGCCCAUCAGAGAGCCACGUAGAGGUAGCUUGGAGAGAGGCCAGAGUGAGAAGCGUGACCACAAGAGUUCUGUAGAAAGGGAAAGAAAACAUCGUGCACUCACAUCAGCUGCCACCCAAGAGUGCAAGAGCCCAGCUAAAAAGGAUGAGCAUGCUCCUGAAGGGAGCAGUAGUGGGGGAUCUCGGCUGAAACCUCCACCCCAAAAGCAGCAGCAGCAGGAUGGAACGUCAAAGUCUGGGUCAUCUGCCAAACUGUGCCUGGCUUGGCAAGGAAUGCUUCUACUGAAGAACAGCAACUUUCCAUCUAACAUGCAUCUACUUCAAGGGAAUCUGAGUGUGGCAAGCAGUCUCUUGGUGGAAGGAGCAACUGGUGGGAAAGUGGCCCAGCUUAAGAUCACCCAGCGUCUCCGUUUGGACCAGCCCAAGCUGGAUGAAGUUACCCGCCGUAUCAAAGUGGCAGGGCCUAAUGGAUAUGCUAUUCUCUUGGCUGUGCCUGGUACCACAGACAACCGUGCCUCAUCUGGGGCUGGUGAAGCUAACACCACCUCUACACAGCGGCCACUCAGAAACCUGGUGUCCUAUCUUAAACAAAAACAGGCAGCUGGGGUGAUAAGCCUCCCAGUAGGAGGCAACAAAGACAAAGAAAACAGUGGGGUCUUGCAUGCUUUCCCACCCUGUGAUUUUUCUCAGCAGUUUCUGGAUUCUACAGCCAAGGCCCUGGCUAAGUCCGAGGAUGACUAUUUGGUCAUGAUCAUUGUCCGGGGUGCAUCUUAAAGCCCUAAUGCGUUCUGUGCUCAGACCUGCUGCUUCACACAGCCCCCCACCCCUGUUCCAGAGUCUGCCAGGUGCUAUGCGAUAAGCCUUAGCCAGCUUCCCAAGUAUAAUUUUUAAUUAGAUCUGUAGUUAAACCUCUCCUUAAUUUUCUAUAAACUCUUUAGAAGGCAGAUAUGUUAGCUAUUCAUUAUUAUGGCUAGGCUACCUUUGACUACCUUGCUGAUGCACAGGUAGCAGGAAGGGAAGGUCUGCUUCAACUAAAAUAUGAGACCCCAGAACAAGCUUAUCUCUCUCUUCUUUUUUUAGCUUUUAACUUCUUGUCCUUUUUCAUUUCAUAACUUUAAAGUAGGUAUAAAAUAUUUUCCUUAUACUUACAAAUCUAAAAUUCCAGAAAUAAAGCAUUCAUGGCUCACAUAGAGUCAAAUGCCUAAAAAGACAAGCAAAUGCCCAUUCUGAGCCCUGUUGCUUAGUGAAGGCCUUGGGCCUAUAGCCUUGAAAUCAAAAUAAUCCCUACACCAAGAAUCUGAUACUAAAAAUGAGUUAAAUUGACUCACAGUUGGCUUCCCUGAGGCAGCUGAUACUUAAGUCUUUAUGGUCCACUGUAGACUUCUUUCACUGGGUAUUGUUUUUUGCCAAGUUCACAGAAAUGCAUGCCCACAAAGAAUGCUUCUAACAAGUGUAUUUUGUUCUUUUGAACCUCUUCUGCAUUUGGGGUUGUAGUUGUAAUACAUGAUAAAGAGCUGAGAGAUUUGCUACAAUCCAUGAACAUCUUCUGCUUCAAUAUGCAAGAAACAGGUGCUUUUAAGACAACUGUAAUUACUUGCAUUUUUCUUCUGCCCAUUGCUGAUUGUGGUAGGCACAGUAAAUUACAAAAUGUAACUUGGAAAUAUAACUUUCAGAGAUGGCACUUAACUUUUGUGAAAAGUUCUGCCACACAACCAUUUCAAUAUCAUUUUAUUCCCAUGAAAAUAGAAAGGAGUGUUUCCUGCUAGAUAUUUUUCAGGUGAAUUAUAAUGGGCAUUAUGCAAGGUUUUAUAGUAUGGAUUGCACUGUUAAUCUUGACAUUUUUGCGAUCAUCUUGCAUUUCCAUGUGUUGGGGAAGCAGUUCGGUUUAUUCAAACAACAUAAUUUGUUUGAAAAUGAAGUUUCUUUAGAAAAGAAAAAGAAGGCAGUUCUUCCACAACAGUGUCCUAGUAAGGCUACAUGAAAUAGUUGUUCAAAUUUGUGGCUUCACUUGCUUAAUCUUUCCAUUGGUCCAAAAAUUGUAUUAGUCCUGUAAGUUACUAUAUCAGCCUUUGGGUAACAAAAGAUCUUAUUUUUUGCUUUGUGUAAAACAGUUCUCCCCAUGUAUAAAGGAUAACUGUACUUUGAAAUGUGGCUUGGUGAAAACAAUAUGCUGCUUGGUGUAGUAGUAUAUUGAGGAGCAUAAAGUCACUUUUUAGAGUGGAGCCUCACUUCUGAAAUCAGUUUGUCCUUUCACUUUUGAAAACAUGGCUCUAGCAGCCUAAAUCCCGCAAGGCAUAAUUAGAAAUUAGAAAUAAUAAUGUUAGUAUAUAAUACAAAUUGAAAAUAGUUUUCCUGUAAUAAAGGAAGACAGAUUGGAAUUUCAGACUGAAAAGCCCUUUAACACAAAUGCAAAACUCAGCCAUUGUUAUGGUUAACAAUGACAACUGUGUAAUAUUUAGAAAUGGUAACAUAACCUAAAGGGAAGUGUUUCAUAUGUUCCCUCCUUCCAGACAAAGUCAGUGGGGCAGGUUUAUGUUACUGGUUACUGCAUAACAUGAAUAUUGCUGGGUUAUCGGUGUCAAUUACAUUUGUCAAGCACUGGUGGGAUAUAUAGAGUGAGUUGUCCUACUAUAGUCUGGAGAAGGAAUCUGAUUUAAGUUAGACUAAUGGGUCAUUUAAAGAAGACUACCCUGUUAACCUUUCAAAAUGUUUAAAAUUGUUAAUAUUCAAAAGUCAAGCUUGUCAACAAUAGCGUGCAUUCUCUAACAUGCAGUACUCUCCUUUGUUAAAAGCCCACAGAAUUUGAGGUAAAUUGUUUGAAUAUAUUUGCUGACAAGCAAAAACGGUGGGUUUUUCCCUCCUUGAAAAUGAAAAUCAUACAUUUCAUUGCUGCUUAUCUUCAUGACUUGAGGUGUGUAAAGGUUACACGAAAUGGGCAAUUUCAGUUUUUCCAAAUCCUUAUUUAAGAGCUUUUGCUUUAGUAUAUAAAAAGCUGGUCCAUUUGUAGCUAUAGGUGGGGAAAGAAUUUUAGGAACCUUUUAUAGGCUAAAAUGAUUGAGAAGCAACAUUUUAUAUGAUAGCACUUAGCCACAACUGCCAUAAAAUCUAAAUACAAUUUCGAUGUGCUUUGAAUGUGCAUAUCAUUCCAGUUGUCCUGGAAAGAGUUCAGCACUAGCAAAAGUUGAGUUUAACUCUACUUCUACAUGGAAGGAAAGCGAGAACUGUUGUUUCUGUAUAUGGCAUAUGGAACUUUAAUGGAAGCAAUGUGUCCUUGAAUGCUGCAUGUAUUCAUACAAGUGUGUUUUCAUCCACUGUAGUGUAUGGCAUUAGAAUGGAGAAUGUGUCUCUUUCUGAAACAUAAUUUAAUAGCCACAUUUUUGUUGUUGCUACUUAGGGGAAAAUCUUAAGUGGCAUAUUGUCAUUAGGAGUUAAAUUCUUACAAUUGGAAACUUUAAAUGGCUUUUUUGGCUGUUAGCCAGUGGCUAUGCAUGCUUGAAAGUUAAGCAUAUAGACUGCUGCGGCAUGAAUUUAAGGCUACCUCAUUGCUGUGAGAUCCACUUCUGUGUUCUGUAUAGUAGCAUCCUAUUUGGGGAGGUCCAAAUGGGAAUACUGGAAGUGGAGUCAAGAUUAGCAUUUUUAAAACAAUCUUUAGUCUGGAUCACUUCUUCCCCAGGAGUGUAAGGAGGAAAGGAAGUAACUCCCUUGGACAAUUCAAGCAAGCAGCUGGAGUAUGGCCAUGAUUUAGAGUAAAAGGGUAUAGGGAAUAAAUCCCAAAGACCUCUUGGCAUUGGAUGGCAAAUGGAAAAGCUAGGGGUUGUCACUGAAACGUGCACAGGAAUAGUACUUGUAGGUCACCUGAUAAAAUGGAUUAAUUUGAAGAAUAACAAAGUGAAGAAAUCAUUGUAAAAACAUAACUAGACAUGUGUUAAUUUCUCUGGCUUUCAUUUAUUUUCUGUAGGUAAAAAUAAGGGGCAAAAUCCAAGCAGACUUCUGCUUUUGCAAUGGGAUUUCCCCUUCCUCUUCUCCCCACAACCUCUUGUGCCCUCUCGCCAAAUCUGCUAUGAAGGGUCCCCCAACACUCCAGAGCAGAUUUUGAUGGGGUGGGUAGGGGGGCUGCAGGGAGGAGGGAGAAUUGCCACCUCACAGUUCAGCUGAUGGAAACAGGAGGAGUUAAUUGAAUACUCACCCAUUGAUCGAUACUCCAUUGAAUAGCAAUAUUUCAAGUUCGUAUCCAAGCUUACAGUAUUUUGGAAAAACUGGAAAUGUAUGCAAAUGUAGAAGGGGGAGAAUCUGAUGUAUAUCAUUGGCUCCCCCCCUCCCCCGUAACUGUUGAGCCUGCUGCUGGAGAUGCACAGAAAAGUGAGAAACAUAAACACAAACAGAACACUAAAUUUCAUGUUCUUGUUUGAGUUUCCUUUUUGAAAGAGAGAAAUUGUGUGAAUUGUGAAAGAAUUCAGUUGGUUUUUCUCCUGGGUUUUUACCUUUUUACCAGGUCAGUUGAAUAUUUUCAAUCUAAUAACCUACAUUUUAAACCCCUGAACUGCUCAUUGUGCAUCUAUAUACAGAUGUUAGUUAAUUCAAAAGUUUUGUGCCAGUGAAGGGUGAUUGGUGCUUUCAGACUUUAUCUAGACUAUUGAGUAACAAGCCUUGUAGUUCUAUAAAUUAUCUGUAAAUGUAGGAAGAGGACAAACCUGUUGUAAACAUUUGUACUGAAUAACCUCUUCUUUCCUCCUGAAAGCAAGGCUGGAGAACUGCCGAAGACGACAAGGGAUUUCAAGUUCUAAUGGACCUUUGCGAAGAAAAGCUUUGGCUUGUGUGGAAUUUACAUGGGCCUCAUGGAAGAAAGCUUAUCUGUUUAGUAUUUGUGCAUUUUACUAAAAUGGCAGCUUUAAAAAAAGUUGUGUAUCUGCUAUUGUGAUGCCAAUGCCCGUGUUUUUAAGUGGAAAAUUGACCUCUUUGCUUUGUGCUGUGUACACAAGAAUUCUGCAAAAGUAAAGGAAAAAAAACCUUUUUAUGGCUCACACAGCUUAAAGUAGCUGUCACUCAAAACAUGCGCUCAGAGUCGAGCUGAUUUUGUUUCAUUCUAAAUAAAUUGUUUCUUUUGAGGAA